AUGGAAGAGAAAGAAACGGGGGAAAGCGAGCCUGUGGACCUCCGGUGUGCCGAGCAGGCUGAGCUGCUCUCAUUAAUAAUAAGCGGAGAGGAGGAAGCGACGCGAGGGGAGAGUGACUUGGGAGAAGAAGAUGGUCUUGCCAAUGGCCAUGGUGAGGAGGAAUCAGAGGCAGGCAUGGUCACGCCUGUCAGAUCUCCAGGCACCAGUUACUGGAGCAUCACAGAGGGCCCUGACCACCCGCUCCUCCUCUCCCCAGCCCCGGGGCCAUCGGCACGCAAACCCAGGGUCCAGCGGGCCUCACGUCCGGGCCUCAGUCGGAUUCCAGGCCGGGACCACCGCCGCUACUAUCACGAGUACUGGCGCAGCGAGUACCUGAUGGACUUUGACCCCCAGCGGCACGGGAUGAUCUGCAUGGUGUGCGGCAGCUCGCUGGCCACCCUGAAGCUCAGCACCAUCAAGAGACACAUCAGACAGAAGCACCCAGACUCCCUGCUGUGGAGUGCUGCCGACAAGGAGGUGAUCCGCUCGGGGUGGGAGAGCCACCUGAGCCUGGGGGGAGGUCAGAGGUCAUAUAGCUCUGCUGCUGGACCUUCACCUCAGGGAGAAGAGGAGCUGCUGGACUCAGGCCAACAUGCUGCUGCCGAACCUCCGGACCUUGUUCCACCCCAGGAGCAGCCACAGCAACCCCUCAGCCUGUCUCCUCGCUCUGAGGCAGGUGAAGCCCCCCAGCCCCAAGAUGAGGAUCAGGACAUCCCCGGGCCAUCAGCCCGCACCCUGGAACGCUACCUGAACGACUCGCUGCACGCCUGGUUCCGCCAGGAGUUCCUGAUGGAGUACGAGGCGGAGGCCGGCCGGCUGCUGUGCAUGGUGUGUGGAGGAGAGCUGCCCUCACUUCAUCUGGACCACAUCAAGAGUCACGUGCUGGACACUCACCCAAACUCCUUAGUGUACAGCUCUGAGGAGAAGCACUGCAUCCUGCAGGCCUGGGCUCAGACUCACGAGGAGUCAGAUCACUCAAUCAAAUCAGAGCCCAACACCAAAGACGGCGAGGUGGACCUCUUUGCUCAGGACGUGGAGGCCAUCCAGAUCCACACUGACUUGUACCCAGACGGUGAUGGCACAUUAACUCAGGAUACUUGUCUUAUCGGUGAGGACGGAGGCGUCGGAGCUCCGCAGCAGGGACCCCAGCCCCUCCGCCAGCCCAGGAAGAGACGGCUCCGCGGGGGCAACCCGUGGCGGCUACGCCUCGACUACCUGGUGGCGUACGGGCCUCAGGGCCGCGGCACCUUCUGCAUGGUGUGUUCUCAGGUGCUGCACGAAACCAAGGUCAGCAGCUUCCGCCACCACAUCCAGGAAUGUCACCCCGAGACCACAACCCUGAGCAGACAAGAAAGGGAAGCCAUGGCUGCAGCCUGGACCAAAGAUUACUCCAGUGAAGGCUCGCAAAUACAAGAUGAAAUCAGCCCCAGUGAAGCUGAUGUCCUGAACACCACAGGAGAGCUAAACGAGGACAGCUCCCCUGAUGUCAGAACACCCAGUAAAGUGGUGAAGAAGGAGGAGGGCGUGAGCGGAGGGAAGGGCAAAGCGAGGGACAGCACAGCCACCCCCUCACGUCACGGCCAUUACCCCGGGAAGGACCAGCGCAGGAACUACCAGGUGCGCUGGAGGAUGGACUUCCUGAUGGAUUACGACUGCCGGAGACACGGCCUCAUCUGCAUGGUGUGCGGAGCCACUCUGGCCACGCUGAAGGUGAGCACCAUCAAGAGGCACAUCCAGCAGGUGCACCCCCACUCGCUGGACUACAGCCCAGAGGAGAAGCAGCAGGCCAUGCUGAGCUACAACCAGACCGCCCUGCACUUCAUCCACUCUGACGACUGCUUCUCCACCCAGGACCACGGACACACCGAGCUGGCUCCCUCUCCAGCACACUUUGGCACUUAG